UUUACAUUUAAAAUGUUAAUAAAAAGUACAAAAUUACUUCAAUUUUAUUUCUUCAAAAACUUUCCCAAAUUUGCCUGCCAAUUAUCUUUUAAAAGAAAUAUUUCUUCAAUUACCAAACAAAAUAAUCAAAAACAAAACUUUAAUUUAAUCAACAAUAAUUCAAUUUUGAAUAGAAUUUCAAUUGAAGAUUUACAACAAGAAGGAUUUCCUUUUUGGCAAAUGAAACUGGCUGUUGAAAAUGCAAUUAAUGAAAAUUUGGAAAAAGGUAAUUCUAGUAAAUUUUUCCAUGCACAAAAUGUUUGGAAAAUGUUUGUAGACAAUACACAAUCUACUUUUGGCAUUUUAUCUCUUAUUGAAUUUACAUUACAAAAUUUUGAAGGAUACAAAUUGAGACAAAAUAUAGCUUCUUUGUGGCUUGAAUCCAAAACUUUGUUAAGUGCUAGCGAUUUUAUUGCAUAUUUGGUUAUUGCUAUGAUGAGGACUGGAUAUAUUGAAGAAGCUAAUAUUUUUGCUAAAAAGUUUACAAUUUUUGGUACUUCAUUUAUUGUUCCAUUUAAAGAAGCAAUUGAAAAAGAAAAGGUUUCUUUUAUUCUUUAA